CCAUGAAGGUCCUGGCAGCUGCCCUGGCUGUUCUGCUCCUUGUGGCCAUCUGCUCCCUGGCUGAGGCUGAUCCCAGUGUCUCCAGCAGUGCUGCACUUUCCAAGAGGAACGAAGCCAAAAUCCCCACCGCCUGCUGCUUCUCCUACAUGUCACGCCCCGUUCCACGCAGGAUGAUCAGCUCUGCAUACAUGACCAGCAACCUCUGCACACAGCCAGCUGUGGUCCUGGUCACCACGAAAGGAAGGAAGCUGUGUGCAGACCCCCGUGCUCGCUGGGUGCAGGAAUACCUGGAGCACAUGGAGCUUCAGGAGUACUGACUCCUCCCUGCUGCUGCUCCAGGGCAGAGUGCUCAGCCCCUACCAUGAGGACUGCAGUAAGAGUGCUUGAGCUGCAUCCUUCUUCAAAAGGAAAAUUUAUU